AUGGUUCAACCGCCUGGAUGCAUUGAUCCAAAACAUCCAAACAAGAUCACCAAUUCAAGUUGGCUUUAUAUUCUUGUAUACGUGGAUGAUAUCUUGAUUACUGGUUCUGAUAGUGCUCAAGUGUCUUCCCUAAUUGUAGCACUCAGUUCCAACUUUACACUUAAAGACCUUGGUCUCAUCUCCUUUUUCUUGGGAAUACAAGUGCUUCCCACUACUGAAGGUGUCGUCUUAUCUCAACAAAAAUAUAUUCAGGAUCUGAUAUGUAAAGCUGAACUCCAAGGUGCCAAGCCACAAAGUACCCCAAUGAAUAGUGGGCUGAGAUUGUCCAAUAAUUAUGGCAGCGACCCUGUUGAAGAUCCUUCUGCAUAUAGGUCAUUGAAUCCUUUUCAGUCACAUGUUGUUGCUGUCAAAAGAAUUAUCCGUUAUCUUGCUGGCACAACAGACUACGGUCUUCAUAUCAAAAGAUCUCCACACUUGCGUCUUGAAGCAUACUGUGAUGCUGACUGGGCCGCUGAUCCCGAUGAUCGACGCUCGACUACUGGCUACUGCAUUUUCUGGGGUGAAAAUCUGAGUAGUUGGCAGUCCAAUAAACAGAACACUAUCUCUCGAUCAUCCACAGAAGAUGAAUUUCGAAGCCUUGCUUCUGUGGUGACUGAAAUAAGUUGGCUCAAUGCUCACUGA